AUGGACGAGGCGAUGGCGUCGCAUCCUUCACAGCCAGAGGCCGCUCGCGCUCGACACCGAGGGUCACGGCGUGGAGGAACACGAUGCAGCCACUCGAUCCCUAUCAAUGUGCCUUCGUUGGACUUGGGCUCCAACAUGACCUUGCAGCUCGCCCACGAACACAAUGGAUCCAUGCUUGCGCAAGCCAACGACGGCAGCCAGAAUCAUCGCAGACGCAUAUUGCGUGCGCUGCACGACCGCGACGUCGACCUCGCCAAGGCCCAGAUGUGUGGACAUUGCCACCAACUCACAGCAGGCCUUGCCGAGUCGCUCCUACACUACCUGCUCUUUGUCAAAGGUCAGCUUCCCGAUCCUGUCAACGUUUUGCGCAAGAAGAAAAGUACGGCUUCGUCUGAUGGCUCCAACGUUAAGCGUAGGCGCUCUUCCAGCAGCUCCAAUCGCUCCAGGAAAGAAGACAAACUGCUACGCAAGCUGCAACAGCUUCGACAGUCGCUACAAGACGCUGUCAGCCAUCUCGAUUCACUAUCCGACAAUCACGGAGAGGGGCCAUCCAGUCGUCCGCAUGAACAAUUGCCAAGCACAAUCUCUCCGAAAGAUGUGAGGCUGAUCAUAGUCAUGGGUGCCAGCGCAACCAUGCCCCGCGAGGUGUUCGUUUUGGAUAUGGUACAGUCCGUUGGCAGAUGUCGCACCGCCGCAAGUGUUGUUCAUGACACGGCUGGUCCUGACUCGUUGGGGGACGUCAUGGUGGAAGACACAGAUACAGAUGUGGCAAGCCUUUUGUCGGAAGCUUCGAAUCGACAGCGCGACGCGGCCAGAGCCAAGACAGGCAGCAAUUGGGAGCGCAAGCUUGUACGGUUGCUCGUCAGCGACGAACGGCUCGAGGGGUUCAUGGGUGCUCCACUCGCGCCCACCAAGACUCAUGUUCUGCUCAGCGCGCCGUCGACUUUUCGCUGCCCGGGAUGGUCGAUACGCCACCACGUUGACUUUGAUCUAGAUCACCUCAACGGGCCCGACCCGACCGCGACGGACGAGGUCGAUGCCGUGACUCCUUCCAUGGACACCAGCAUAUCGCCAUCCGCGCAAGAGAGUGGUACUUGCGAUCGCAAGAGAGCACCUCCGAGCCCAUCACAGCCUCAAGACGGAAGAUGGCUCAAGAACAAGUUGGCACGCGAUUCGUCCUCGUCCGUGGCAGAAUCUUGGGUCGAAGACAGUGCGUCGGACCUUCUCGUCGAGUCGAGCAUCAGCUCCGUCUCUGAUGAUAGUCGACCUCCAUCGGCGGCGGAUAAGCCAUGGCCUGUGGGAAGCAGUCAAGCGGCCGCUGUCGCGCAAAGCUGGCUGGCAACUUGCGACAGCCCGCGAUUCACUACGACGCAUUCGCCGGAUUGUGGUCCAAGUAGCUUAAGAUCGAGUCGCACCGGAUCGUCGCUUGGAUCCUCGACCAUUCACGCUCACGACUCGAACGAUUCAGGGACAAAUUUUUCAGAUCGACACGUUUCCAGCUGCGAAGAUCUGUCGAUGGUGGCAGGACAGGCCGAGGCUCCAAUGGACGACAAGGUCUGCAAGCUCCCAAAUCCAGCUGUGACAACUCAUGACUCCGCCCUGGAACCGCGACGCCGUUCGCGCGAGCCGAAAGAAGGAGGGCUGUUGAGCCGCAAUCUGCUGCGAGCCAAGCAAAGCCGACAGAGCUCGUGUACAGCAUCCGACUCGAGUUCGGUACGAUCUGUCGGCUCGUCCAUGAAGCGAGCACCUCGCUGUGCUGGUCUACGCAUUGACUUUACUGAUCCGGAGCAAACAGCGUCAAUUGCCUCAACACCGCCAUCAAGCUCCAUUGGCACGGCCUUCAAACAGCCAAAGAUCGACCGCUGCUGGUUCCAGUGCGAAGCAGUGCUCGAAGGUUUUCGUUGA